AUAAGCGUCGAGCUGAGACCAUCGACAGCCUGACACCUGAUAGCUACACUGUGGUGCACAGUUUGGUUGGGAACACGGAACGCUCGUCGUGGUUACAGUUUGGGGGGGGGACAUGCGGCAGAAAGAGAGCGCACCUUCGACAGCACAACAUCAACUCAAAGCUUUGUUUGACUUGAGCAGACGCGUUAUCCUUCUGAAGGAGCCCCGCGCGUAAAACUCGCAGCCCAUUAGCGCGUUUCAUGGGGAUUUAUAGAUGACAAGACCUGCACGCUGCGGGUUGUUCUCAGCAUCUACAAGGAUCUCCGAUGUGGAACAUGGCGAGAGGGAUGAGGGGAAGUCAUCUCCUCGCUGCAUUUUGGAUUAUAACACUGUUCACGGACGCAGAUGGACAAGGAACCUCUAAUGACUUAACAGGUUUCAGUUUGAGCCCGCCGUACUUCAACCUCGCUGAGAGCGCAAGUAUUUCUGCCUCUGCAACCUGCGGCCAGGAUGAGACUGGCUCACCGAGAUAUGAGUUAUACUGUAAGCUUGUCGGAGGUCCCACAACUGGACUUCCUACUCAAAAUAUACAGGGUCAGUUUUGUGACUACUGCAACUCCAUUGACCCAAACAAAGCUCACCUGGUGACCAAUGCCAUCGAUGGGACAGAGCGCUGGUGGCAGAGCCCUCCUCUCUCCAGGGGAAUGGGCUACAACAUGGUGAAUGUUACCCUGGACCUCAGACAGCUCUUCCAUGUAGCCUAUGUCCUCAUCAAGUUCGCUAAUUCACCUCGUCCUGACCUGUGGGUGCUGGAGCGCUCUGUGGACAAUGGGAGAACCUUCACCCCCUGGCAGUAUUUUGCACAUUCAAAGCGUGAGUGCAUCGAAAGCUUUGGAAAACAGCCCAAUGCACGUAUAAUAAAUGAUGACGACCAGCUCUGCACCACAGAAUACUCACGGAUCGUCCCUCUGGAGAAUGGAGAGAUUGUGGUGUCUCUGGUAAACGGCCGGCCGGGGUCCAGAAACUUCACCUACUCACCGGUGCUGCAAGACUUUACAAAGGCUACCAACAUCCGCCUGCACUUCCUCCGCACCAACACCCUGCUCGGCCACCUUAUCUCGAAGGCCCAGAGAGAUCCCACUGUCACACGCAGGUAUUACUACAGUAUCAAAGACAUCAGCAUCGGUGGACGCUGUGUUUGUCAUGGGCAUGCCCAGGUGUGUGGUGGGGGGCGUAACCAGGACAACCCAAGCAGAUUCCAGUGCGAGUGCCAACACAACACCUGUGGCGAGUCGUGUGACCGCUGCUGCCCAGGCUUUAACCAGAAGCCGUGGCGCGCCGCAACUGUUGACAGCCCGAAUGAGUGUCAACCCUGCCAGUGUUUCUCCCAUGCCUUUGACUGUUAUUAUGACCCAGAGGUGGAAAAAAUGGGAGCAAGUUUAGACACCUUCGGCAGGUAUGACGGAGGAGGAGUGUGCAUCAACUGCCAGCACAACACGGCUGGAGUGAACUGUGAGAAAUGCCUUGAAGGCUUCUACAGACCAUUCGGAGUACCUCCUGAAUCUCCCACAGGAUGUACACCCUGCAGCUGUGAUGAAAGGACUACAGCCGGCUGUGAAAUGGGUUCUGGAAGGUGUAUCUGCAAGCCACAGUUUGCUGGAGAAAGCUGCAAUCGCUGUGCUGAUGGAUACUAUUACUACCCUGACUGCAUUCGGUAUCCAGUGAACCCGACGACCACCAAAUCCCCAGCAGGUCCAAUUGUGGUACCCGCUGCCUGCCCUCCAGGGUAUUUCGGCUCUCCCAGCUGUCAGCCGUGUAUUUGUGACUACAGAGGGACAGCGUACGGGGUGUGCGAUGCUUCAGGACGCUGCCUGUGCCGUCAGGAUGUGGAAGGGGAGCGGUGUGACCGCUGUCGACCUGGAUACCACUCCUUCCCAAACUGCCAGGAGUGUCUGUGUGAUGGCUCUGGUGUAGCUGACAGGGUGUGCAGUCCAAACGGUCAGUGUAUUUGCCUCCCCAACUACGGUGGACGGGAGUGUGAUGAAUGUGCACCAGGCUACUAUGGAUAUCCAGACUGUGCUGCUUGCCAGUGUUCACAGGAAGGCUCAUAUGGCACAAUAUGCAACCCAGUAUCUGGUCAGUGCCUGUGUCUACCAGGUGUGGUGGGCCAGCAGUGUGACCGUUGUGCAUCUGGACUCAGGUUCCCCCAGUGUUCAGCUUCCAUCAGUGCCUGCAAUACAGCAGGAACUGAGAUCUCAGAUCCUCAAACAGGCUCCUGCCGCUGCCUUCCAAAUGUAGAGGGAACUCUUUGCGACAGGUGUAAACCACUCUACUGGAAUCUAGCUACAGACAACCCUCGUGGCUGUAUAGAGUGUCGGUGUGAUCUGAAAGGGACUCUGAGUGGUGUUGGAGAAUGUGAACAGAAAAGCGGACAGUGUCACUGUAAGCCUAAUGCAUGUGGACAUGCAUGUGACACCUGCAAGGAUGGAUACUUCCUGCUGCAGAAAAAGAACUAUUUUGGUUGUCAAGGUUGCCAGUGUGAUGUAGGUGGUGCCACUGGGAUGGGAUGCAAUGAGGUGUCAGGACAAUGUCAGUGUCGGAAGAACGUAAUUGGCCAGAAAUGCACAGAGCCAGCACAAAGCUACUACUUUCCCACGCUGCACCAACUGAAGUUUGAGGUGGAGGAUGGCACCACACCAAAUGCCAGACCUGUACGCUUUGGUUACAGCCCCCAGGAGUUCCCCGAUUUCAGCUGGAGAGGCUACGCUGUAAUGUCUCCUGCACAGAGUGAAGUCAGAGUAACAGUGCAUGUUGAUCCGAAAGACGGGAGGCAGCACAUAUUCCGUGUGGUUAUGCGGUUCAUUAACCCCAGCAGCAGCAGUGUGACUGGUAGCAUCAAGGCUACCAAUAACAGAGGCACUGCAGGGUCAGAUCAGAGCAAAGAAGUAAUAUUCCCUCCGAGUCCCUCCCCAUCCUUCCUCACUGUCCCGGGAGAGGGCUUCGCUGAGCCCUUUGCGUUGACCCCUGGGAAAUGGCUCAUUCACAUAAAGGCAGAGGGGGUUCUUUUGGACUAUUUAGUGCUGCUGCCCCAAGAUUACUAUGAGGCACCACUGCUGCAAGAAAAGAUCACGGAGCCCUGCACAUACUUACCCACCUCAAACACGGAUGCAAACUGUCUCUUGUAUAAGCACAUAGCUCUGGAUGGAUUCAGCUCUGCACUGGGCUCACAGGGAAAAUUCACCAGCCGAAGUGGGCGCAGGAAGAGGCAGGCUCGAGUGCACCGUCCCACCCCAGAUCACCCUGAAAUGGCUGCUCUCAAUGGAAGACAGUCGCAGCUCCAACUCAGCCUGCGUGUGCCUCGUCCUGGCCCAUACGCUCUUGUUCUGGAGUAUGCCAGCGAGGCGGACACUGUCCAGAAUGUCAACAUACUCAUCAGUGGUCAGUCAGGGGGCCAGAUCCCUGCCAGAGCCAACGUUUACAGUUGUGCCCUUAGCAAUUUGUGCCGGAGUGUGGCAGUGGACAGCAGAAAUCAAGUGGCAGUGCUGGAGCUUACUCAUAAAACAGAAGUUCUUCUGCAAACCUCCACUACAUCGUUCCUUCUGUAUAAAGUGUACGCAGUGCCUUCAGAAGAGUUCUCCACUGAGUAUGUAGAGCCCAAGGUGCUGUGUGUCUCCACUCAUGGUCGCUUCACUGAGGACAGUCGGCACUGUGUUCCGAGGCAGUUCGAUAAACCCACCUCAGCCUGGAUUCUGUACGCGGCCCGUGACGGACAGCUAUUGUCCACGCCGGCUGCUGCUCUCCAACAAAGAGAGAAUGAGGACUGGAGACGGAGACGACAGUCUGGCUUGUUCCCUGUCCGUGAACCUCAAAGUGAUGGGACUCUGCUUAAAUUCCCUCAGACGGGGAUCAGUUUCACUCCCAAGGUGCCCCUCCCAGGCAGAUAUGUAGUGGUGGUCCAUUACCGCCAGCCUGAACAUACCUCAUUCCCUGUGGAAGUACGAGUAAAUGCGGGACGUGAAUGGAAGGGUUUGAUAAAUGCUACAUUCUGCCCUGCAGUCUCAGGCUGCAGGAUGGUAGUCAUUGCUGAUGGACGCAUUGCCCUUGACUUUGACAAUUCCUGGCAGCCACCCACCAUCUCUGUGACUGUGCCACCUAUGAAGACUCUAAUCCUGGAUUAUGUCUUGUUGGUUCCUGAUAACACUUACACUCCAGAGCUCCUGAAAGAGAAGCCACUGGAUAAAUCUGCAGAUUUCAUUCAACAAUGCAGAGGAGAGGGGUUCUUUAUUGACCCCAGGACUUCUUCCCAGUUCUGCAGAGACUCAGCCCGCUCUCUUGUAGCAGCUUAUAAUGACGGAGCUCUGCCUUGCAACUGUGACAAGUCGGGUUCCACAGGGACUGUCUGUGAUCCAGCUGGAGGACAAUGUCCCUGCAGGCAACAUGUCAUCGGGCGGCAGUGCACAAAAUGUGCCACAGGAUACUAUGGAUUUCCCUACUGCAGACCAUGUGAAUGCGGCCGCCGGCUGUGUGAUGAAGUGACAGGACGCUGUAUCUGCCCUCCUCAGACUGUCAGACCGGCUUGUGAUGUGUGUCAGAAUCAGACUUUCAGCUACCACCCUUUACUGGGCUGCGAGAACUGUGAAUGCUCUCCAAAUGGCAUAAACGUAAAUGCCGGGUCACAGUGUGACUACAUUACUGGACAGUGCAGUUGCAAGCCGAGGAUUGGAGGGCGACAGUGUGACCGCUGUGCUGCAGGUUAUUAUCGCUUCCCUGACUGUGUGCCUUGUGACUGUAAUCAAGGUGGCGUUACAUCCAAUGUGUGCCACCCAGAUACAGGCAAGUGUCUUUGCAAGAGAAAUGUGGCUGGCAUCAGGUGCGAUGCUUGUCGGGAAGGUUCCUUCUAUUUUGACCCCUCCAACCCUCGUGGGUGUACCAGCUGCUUCUGCUUUGGAGCCACUGACCAGUGUCAGAGCUCCAGCAAACGCAGGGGGAAGUUUGUGGAGAUGCGAGGCUGGCGUUUGGAAAGCCCCGACAAGGAGGAGGUUGUCUCUGUUCUGAACUCUGCCAGUAACACAGUGGUUGCAGAUAUCCAGGAGCUUCCUGGUACAGUUCAAACGCUACACUGGGUGGCACCAUCGUCCUACCUGGGAAACCGGGUUUCGUCUUAUGGUGGUUUCCUGACCUACCAGUCCAAAUCCUUUGGGAUUCCCAGCGAGGGGAUGACUCUGAUGGACAGAAGACCUGAUGUUGUGCUGAAUGGUCAGAAUAUGACCCUGGUCUACAUGGCUCCACAAGUUCCACUUCCAGACAAGCUUUUUCAGGGCAGAGUUCAGCUCUUGGAGGGAAAUUGGCGGCAUGCUGGCACCAAUAGGCCCGUGUCCAGAGAGGAGCUGAUGAUGGUCUUGGCCGGUCUGGUGGGCCUGAGGAUCCGAGCCCUGUACUUUACUCAGAGCCAGCGGCUCAGCUUGGGGGAGGUGGGCUUAGAGGAGGCUACAAACUCAGGGACUGGAGGUUCUGGAAACACUGUAGAGGACUGUUCCUGCCCCUCUCAGUACACCGGAGACUCCUGUGAGAAAUGUGCUCCUGGUUACUACAGAGAUGGCAGCCAGCCCUACCUGGGCCGCUGUGUGCCCUGUGAGUGCAACGGACUGGCCGAUGAGUGUGAAGACAGGACAGGGAGAUGCCUGAGCUGUCAGUACAACACAGCUGGGGACAGAUGUGAACGCUGCAAGGAAGGUUACUAUGGAAACGCAGCUCAGAGGACAUGCAGAGUGUGCCCGUGCCCAUUCACCGCAUCCACAAACAGUUUUGCAGUAGGUUGCAAAGAGGAAUACGGAGACAUUAAGUGUAUAUGCAGAGCAGGCUACACUGGUCACCGGUGUGAGAGUUGUGCUCCUGGUUACUAUGGCGAUCCACUCACACCGGGUGGAAGUUGUCAGCCCUGUAAUUGCUUUGGCAAUGGAAACAACUGUGAUCCCAGGACUGGAGUUUGCAAAAACACACUGGAGCCAGGAGACACAAACACAGAUGAGCACUGCGAAGAGUGUGAUAAUUGUGCCCAGACUUUACUACAUGACCUGGAGAAGCUGGAUGAUGAACUAGGAAGGAUCAAGGCUCAGCUGGACAAUGCCACUGCCAGUACCUCUUCUCAAGACAAACUGAAGAAGUUGGAGAAGGCUAUAUCAGACACCAAGAUUCUUGUCAACAAAUACGGCUCUGCCAUUAACAACCAAAAGUCCCAAGUCAGCCAGCUGGAAGAGGACACCAGCACUCUUGCAGACGACAUCAGCUCCCUCAAGGACAAGGCCGAUAAGAGGGCUGCUGAUGCUGACAAGGCAGUGGGAGAUGUCGAAAAAACACACAAGAGGGCUAAAGAUUUGGACGCAGACAUUCGCGACAUGCUGAAGAAAAUCCAAGCUCUACUGGACCAGCUGAAGAAUACAGACACCAGAGGUGAUACGCCCAAUGAAAACUUGAGUAAACUGCUGGAGGACGCUGAGCGCAUGGUGAAGGAGAUGGAGGACAGGAACUUUGACCCUCAGAAGACGGCUGCUGAGAAAGAAAGAGAUGAAGCUAAGAAACUGCUGGACCACAUCAAGGACAAAGUAAGUAAGCAAUGUGACAAAAAUGAGGCAGAUGCAGAGAAGAUUCGUGGCCUUCUGAAGGAUUAUGAAGCCAAGCUGAAGGACCUGGACAAGGCUCUGAAAGAGGCGUCAGAUUUGGUGAAAAAAGCCAAUGCCCAGAACGGCCUCAACUCCAAGACAAUGGGAGAUCUGCAGAAACGUAUCGAUGAUUUGAAAAAGGAGAGGAAGACUGUUGAGGACCAGAUGGGCUUGGCUAAGAAUGAGCUGCAGAAAACAGAAGAUUUGGUGAAAAAGCUUACAGACAGUAAAACGGAGUAUGAACAGCUGGCAGCACAGCUGGAUGGUGCCAAGAAGGAUUUGACCAAGAAAGUGAAUGAGAUUUCUAAGGCACCGGGAAAAAAGAGCCUUGUGGAGAAAGCUGAGAAACAUGCUAAGGAACUUGACAAGCUGGCAAAGGAUCUCGAGGAUGCUGUGAAGAAUGCAAGUGGACGUACUGAAGUGCGUAAUGCUAAAGACGCUAUUGACGCCUACAAGAACAUCACAGAUGCCAUUAAUGCUGCAGAUGCAGCUGCUAAUCAGGCCAGAGAUGCUGCAGACAACGCCUUGAAUAAUGUAAAAAACCAAGGACUCACAGAAAGAGCAAAAAACCUGAAAGAGUCAAGUGAUGAUCUAGUGAAAGAAGCAAAAGAUGCUGAGAAAGACCUUAAAGACGCUGCCGAUGACCUUAACGAUCUGAAGAAGCGCCUGACAAAUGCUGAAAAGAAGAAAAAAGAUCUUGAGAACGAUCUUUUGGAUGCACAGAAUCAACUAAAGAACAUCAAAAGAGAUGACAUUGACAAUAUGAUCAAUGAGGCCAAGAGGAAGGCAGCUUCAGCCAAUGACUCAGCCAGUGACACUAUGGACAAGCUCAACGCCAUCAAAAAUGAAAUUGAUAAAAUUAAUGUCUCUCCUGUGGACUCUAACCUGACCAAUGUACUCAAUGAUGUGGACCAGUCAGUGAAGAAAUUGUUGAACACCAUCCCAUCUCUGAAUGAUAAGAUCUCAGAGGUGGAGAACCUGACCUCGCAGUUCUCACCCAUCAGCAACAUCUCUGAAAACAUCAAGAAGAUCAAGGAGCUCAUUGAGCAAGCCAGGGACGCAGCUAACAGGAUUGGGAUCCCUAUGAAGUUUAAAGGCGAUGGUCACGUGGAGCUGCGUCCACCAAAGAAUCUGGAGGAUCUGAAAGCCUACACGUCACUGUCUCUGUCGCUGCAGAGACCUGGUCAGGACUCAGGCAGGGGAGAUGGAAGACGUCGACGCAGACAGGCCCAAAACAAAGCAGACAUGUUUGUGUUGUACCUUGGCAAUAGAGAUUCCUCGAAGAACUACAUAGGUAUGGUUUUGAGGAACGGCGUGCUGUACGGUGUGUACAAGCUCAACGGAGUUGAAUAUGAGAUGAAAACAGACGCCAUCAGUAUGUCUGCGUCUGAGCCAGCCACGUUUGACAGAGUGGACCUACGCAGAAUGUACCAAGACGCAGAGAUGAUCCUUACCAAAGAUAUAACCUCAACCACACCUGGUGCAUCAAUUAAGAGCAGCAACCAAGGUGAAGAGAACAAGAACCUCCUGGACAUCAGCCCCAGUGACAUUGUCUUCUAUGUUGGAGGCUACCCUUCUGACUUCAAACCACCAGCGUCUCUCAGCUACCCCAUGUACAGCGGCUGCAUUGAGUUCUCCUCCUUUAAUGACAGAGUUAUCAGUCUCUACAAUUUCCAAAAGGCAGAGAAAAUCAAUCUGGAGACUCCAUGCAGGAGGUAUGCACAUCCGGUGGAUUCGUACUACUAUGAAGGCACUGGAUAUGGCAAAGUGAUGAUAACAAAAUCACUACCCUAUCUCCUCAUCGAUAUGUCCAUUUUUUCUCGUUCUGAAAAUGGUCUGCUUCUAUACAUAGGAAGUGAGGACAAGUACUUCAUUGUGACCAUGGAGAAAGGUGUCAUUUUCAUACAUAGCAAUUCACUUCAAGCACCAGCUACAAAUAAUGCAAAAACAUUCCCGACAAGUGACUGGACAGAGAUACAAGUCAUUAUGACAAGCAGAGGAAAGAUUUUGGUCCGUAAGGCCAACAAAGAAGUGGCCUCAGCCCAAGCGCAGUACGACAUCAAAGACUUUAAAGAAAUAUAUAUCGGUGGUGCCCCACAAGACUUGAGGGAAAGAGAUAACAUCACUAUGCAGCCAUUCAAAGGGUGCUUGAAGAAUCUGAAGCUGUUUAAAGACUUUAAACCUGUUGAUGAAACAGUGGGCAUCAGCAAAGGUUGUCCCAUGGAUUCCCUGAUUUCACGGAAGGCAGAGUUCAGCUUGGGGAGCUCGCUCUCAGCCAACCUGCCAGGCUUCAGUCUGAAUGACGACGUUACUCUCUCCCUGGGAUUCAAGAGCACAGAUAAUCAGGGUCUCAUUUUGCAGGACAAACAGCAGGCUAAUGGGAUUAAUAUUGCAUUGGAAAACGGCUAUGUGAUUCUCAAUUUCAACAUAAACAUGUGGAAAUCUAGCAAGCAAUACCACAACGGGCAGUGGCAUUAUGUGACCAUAACCAGAAGAGCUGGAAGGAUUGCAGUGAUUAUUGAUGAUGAAGAUAAAGGUCAGAUGCAGAGUGGCAGCGCAUCCAUACCUGAUACAAGCGGCACCAUUGUCCUUGGAAAUGACAAGUUCAAAGGCUGCGUUUCCAACCUCUACACAAGACGGCCAAGCAAUCUGUACAAGGCUGAGGACUUCAGCUCCUUCCAGUCUUCUGGAGACAUCCUGCUGGAUGUGUGUACUACUGACAUUCCUGCUCAACUGAUGCUGGACCGCAUCUCAAAGAAGGUUGAUGUGGUGCCUGUGGUAAAUGACACUAUAUCAGCGUGUGCGUUACCAGCCCUGGUUCCAAAUGCUUAUCGCAUGGGGGGGCCUGUUAGCAGCCUGACCUACAGCCUGCCUCUACAGGUGCUGCAGCCCAGACCCCACUUCUCUCUCGAUGUGAGGACUCGCUCUCCUGAAGGUCUGCUGUUCUUUGCUACAACCAGAGGAGGGCGGUCUCAUCUCGCUUUAUACAUGUCCAAGGGCAGAAUCAGACUGUCUGUGGGAAAACAGAAGGAGAUCUUUAACCGAGAGAAGUACAAUGAUGGAAAGUGGCACUCGGUCAUAUUCAGUUUGGAGAAGAAGAAAUUCCGACUGGUUGUAGACGGGAUCAGAGCCCAGGAUGGUCAGCUGACUAAUGCUGAGCUCACAUCUAUGCAGCAGUUUGUGUCACCUGUGUACCUGGGCAGCGCUCCAGAAUCCAUGCACAAAGAGCUGAAGUCCAAGGCCCUUCCAAAGCAAAGCAUAUCCGGCUGCGUACGUGGUUUUAAAAUGAAUGGAGCACCAAUGUCAACUCCAACCACAAAUCAUGGUGCUGGUCCCUGCUUUGAGGGACAGACACAGAGAGGGGCUUAUUUUUCAGGGAAUGGAGCUCAUGUCAUUAUCAAUGACUCCUUUGUUGUGGGCUCCACCUUUGAGCUGCUGUUUAAUAUUCGUCCACGGAGUCUGUCUGGACUCCUGCUUCAUGUUGGUGAUUCCAGCAGAACUCAUUAUGGACCUGCGAUGGGCCACUAUCUCAGUGUCUAUAUGCUCAGAGGAGAGGUGGUGGCACAGGUGAACAACGGAAAGGGAGAAUUCAUGGUGUCGGUGAAGCCAAAAACUUCUCUGUGUGAUGGAAUAUUCCAUAAAAUUUCAGUAAUCAAAAGGAAAAAUGUUAUACAACUGUACGUGGACACAAUGGACAAUUACAAGAUUGGACCACCAUCUUCCACUACCACUUUGACCAAAGACCCACUGUAUGUGGGUGGCAUUCCUGAGAUGUUAAUGCAACAGACACUUCCUGUCACGUCGUCCUUUGUGGGAUGCAUCCAGGACAUGAAGAUCAACGGCGACCCGGUGACCUUUGACAGGUCGUCAGGUGUGUUUGGUCCAGUCAACCUCAAAGAGUGUCCGGGCUAAAAAAAAAGCAUCUCACUGCAUCAUCACUAAACAAACCUUGGGACCACGUCCACCACAAACUAUGUGCAAUCUGUUACUAAGACAGAGAAUGUGUUUGGUUAUAAGAACGUGAGUAUUUUGAGAAGUGUGUUUCAGCGUGAGUGUGUGUGUGUGUGUGUGUGUGUGUGUGUGUGUGUGUGUGUGUGUGUGUGUGUGUGUGUGUGUGUGCGAACGAGUGUGAUAAAUAGAGGUAGCAGCUUAAUGUUAGCUGCUCUUUUAAACAUUUCUGUAUUUAUUUUGUCAUGAAAUCAUGUAUUACGUCACCAAUUCAUGAAUGCAUAUUCUACUACCAGCUGUAAUACAGUCUGAUGUGUUGGUCCACUGAUUCUCUAUCGACAGUCCAAUGUUGGGAGUGUGUUUGGGAUUGGUCGGGGCUGCAUUAUGGGCAAUCCAGCACUUUAAGAAAAUGAAUAAUGCCUUUUGUGAUGGUGCUGUAAUUAAGAUCAAAAUUAUUAAUUCUUUGUGUUUGUUUAUUUGGUGUUGGAUGCAAAAGUUUAUACUACAGAAAUUACGUUUACACCCACGGUGCUCAAUUCAGUGACAUUUCAGGGGUUGCUAAGUUAUUCUAUAUUCAUAUCCACAUACCAGCAUGUAGAAUUUUGGAUUUUAACAUCUUUAAGAGACAUGGAGUCCUCACACGUGUUUCUCUCAUAUUGUGUUAUUGUGUCUUGUUCUGAGUUAAUUUCCCAUUUUGCAUUCCUUUUGCAUGUGGAUGAGGAUGCUAGUUUCACCAGAAAACAGCAUGUACUGAAUUUUGUGUCUAUUAGUCUAAUAACCCAUAUAGAUGCCAUUAGAACAAGUCUCACAGCUCUGGUCAGUCAUGUUUGGGACCAUUUACUGUAAAAUUGAAAGCAAUAUAACAAACAACAAAAUGUAUUUGAAGUACAAAUCUCAUCAGCAAAUGUUUACUUUCUGGCUGUGUACAUUUAGGACAAAAUUGAUUUGAUAAUAUAUAUUGAUAUGAGAAAAAAAACAUUAUAGUUGGACACAUUUGUACAUGCAUUCUUGUCUUUUGACCACUUAUUUGUAAACCUUUUUUUUUUUUAACCUGUUCCAUCAAUUCCCUCAAUAAAUAUUUGUCAGUGUCAUUACUAAA